AUGGCCCAGGACCUCGAGCUCGUCGGAAGAUGGGUUCCUCGCAAUGCGAAUGUCAUCACAAUACUUCUCAUUGCGGUAGCCACCGUAAACUCUGCAACAAUGGGCUACGAUUCAUCAAUGAUGAACGGGUUGAACAUUCUCCCUCAAUACAAAAACUACUUUCACCUCAACACCGCGACCACUGGGUUACUUACCGGCGCUAUGUGGAUGGGAGGUUUCAUAGGCGGUCUCCUUAUCCAGCCGGUUUCCGACAGACUGGGUCGAAAGAGAGCCAUACUAAUUGCGGCAUGUAUUAACCUUGUUGGAGCUAUUCUCACAUCUACAGCCCACAGCACUGGACAAUUUGUCGUUGGGCGUAUCUGUGUCGGUAUCGGCUCAGAACUCGCCAGUGGUCCUGCGCCGGCUCUUAUAGCGGAGAUUUUGCCGGCAAAACAGCGAGGCACAAUUCUAGGAUUGUACUUCACCUGCUAUUUUGUUGGAUCAUUGGUCAGCUCAGGGGUGAAUUAUCGUGCGGUGAAUAUUGCGUCAACUUGGGCUUGGAGAGUUCCCUCAAUUAUACAGGCUGUGCCAAGUUUGUUGGCGCUCAGUCUCUUACCACUCGUUCCAGAGUCCCCCCGUUGGCUGAUUGCCAACAAUCGCGGCCAUGAGGCAAAGCAGGUCAUUGCGAUUAUACAUGGCAACAAUGAUGUGGACGCACCAAUGACGAAAGAAGUAUACAAGGAAAUCAUGAACGUCUUACAAGCAGAAAAGAAGAACAGCCCUGAGAGUCCCUGGAAGGCUUUCAUUUCGACCAAAGCAAACAGGAAGCGCCUGUUCAUUAUUGUCACCUUUGGAGUAAUGGUGGAAAUGUUAGGCAACUAUGUCAUCUCCUAUUACCUCGGUGACAUGUUGACACAAGCCGGUGUUACCGAUUCCAAAACACAAUUACAAGUCAAUGUCAUCCUGAGUUGCUGGUCAUUAGUAGUCGCCGUUAUUGGCAGUCUCUUGAUGGACGUCGUUGGUCGACGGACAAUGACCCUCACAGCCAUUGGGGGCAUGAUUGUCACUUUGUACAUAUUCGGUGGACUUACAAAAGUUUAUGCAUCAAGCGAGAAUAAGUCCGCUGUAUACGGCACUGUUGCCGUGGUGUUCCUAUUUCAAGGGUUCUAUGCCUGUGGUAUCACGCCCAUGACCAGUCUCUAUCCAGCCGAGUUCCUAUCCUACAAGCUUCGCAAUGCUGGUAUAUCUAUAUUUCGAACUCUAGACGCGAGUUUUGGAUUGAUGGCCUCCUUUUCCAUGUCCUAUGCAAUGAGCACAUUAGGUUGGAAGUUCUAUAUCAUCAACGCCUCUUGGAACAUUAUCUUCUUUGCUGCCGUCUACUUCACCUGGGUUGAGACCCGUUUGGUCCCUCUCGAGCAAGUGGCUCUGAAGUUUGGCGACCUAGAUGUCGACACUCUUGAUGGGCAGGAAGUCAAUUCUACCUUUAUUGCUGGGGAGAAGAUGUAA